GUUCGGUACCGCCUCUCGGUUACAAAGUGCAACCCUCCCGGAAGAUCAGAAACCAGUUUUACGUGAAGGUUCGCAAAAGGACAUUUUCCCGAGGAGCAUAAGCUGCUGAAGCUUUGACUUUGUCCCUGUUUGAGACAUUUGUAGGAAGAGCUGCUGGAGUUCGUUUUGAGGUGUUUAAACAGUUUCCUGUAGGAUGAAACGGGGAGGUGAACCGACCGGAACUCAGGGUUCCUCCACGACCAACACCGCAGAGCAAUCAAAGAAAAUGAGGGUCAUUUACGUCGUGUAUAUAAUUGUUUCUUUGGAUAUAACCUGGAUGUUUUUACAGUUCUCCGUCACACCAUAUUUAGCAAAGAAACUUGGAUUUGACACGUUGUGGUUUGGUUAUUUGCAAACUACAGUUGGAUUGAUUCAGCUUAUUGGAGGCCCCAUGUUUGGGAGGUUCGGGGAUCUUUUCGGGGCCCGUGCAGCUUUGUCUCUGGCUUGUGCAGCAACCACAGUUUCCUUUCUGCUUCUGGCCGUCGCUAACCAUCCCGUCCUGCUGUUCGUCCACAAACUACCUACAGUAUUUAUGCAUGUCUUGCCUGCAUGCCAGAUGGUUGUUACAGAUCUCUCAGAGCCAGAGAAACGGGCUGAGGCUUUGUCCAAACUGGGUCUGUGUUUUGGUAUCGGGAUGAUCGCUGGAUCCACAUUGGGGGGAAACAUAAGCACACGCUAUGGGGAGACGUUUGCAGCCUGUGUUGGUGCUGCAGGGAGUGCCUUCAGUUUGCUGCUGGUUUUAAACUUCAUACCAAAGUCUACUAAAUCCGAGGCCUCUAGAAGCGCCGCUAAAUCUGAGAACCAAAAUAAGAAGGUGUUCAGUUUGGGAGAGAUCACAAGACUGAUGAGGUUUCCAGGCGUCACAAGAAUUUUUAUGAUCAAAAUUAUCUCAGGUUUGCCAUCAGGCAUAUUUCAGGUGAUGUUCUCCAUCAUUGCAAUGGAUUUCUUCAAGCUUGAAGCUCAGCAGAAUGGCUACCUGAUGGCGUACUUUGGCAUCGUUCAAAUGGUUGUUCAGGGAGGAGUGAUCGGUAGACUCACGUCCAGAUUUCCUGAGAAAUCUCUUCUUCUUCUGUCCAUUGGAGUUACUGCAGCUGUGGGUCUGGCUCAGGCCUACAUGCAGACAGUUUUCCACCUCUGCCUCACCGUCACGCCGUGGAUGUUUUCUCUCAGCGUUUUUAACGUCAUCACCGACAGCAUGCUCACCAAAAGCGUCCCGUCCUCUGACACAGGAACGAUGCUGGGUCUGUGCGCCUCCGUUCAGUCGCUGGUCCGGACAAUCGGACCGACCAUCGGCGGUUUCCUGUACAUGAACUACGGCCUCGCCUCCAUAGGUCUAAUUGAGUUUUUUGUGAAUAUUGUCGUGUUUCUUUACCUGCUAUAUCAACAUCUCAGCAACACUGAGAAGCAGAAGGAAUGAAGAGGCAAUUUUAUUUUUAUACUAUUAUAGAACUACAAAACUGAAAUGUUUAGUCGUCAUUUGCAAAAUGCUGCUGUAAUUUUACAUUCCAGUUCGUCGAGAUUUAAAUGCAUGACUGUUGUUCAGGUGGAAACCACUAGAUGGCAGCAAAAUGUCUGGAUUAUUCAAAGAUGUUUCUGUUGAUCAGAUUUUCAUUCUCAGCUUUUUUUAAAUCAUGAUUUUAUGUAUGAACAAAGAAUUCCAACUUUUUACCUUUUAGAUUUGCAAAAAAGAUUUGCAAAAGUAUUUUAAUGCAGUAUUGUAUCACACAAUUAUAACUUCAAACUACAAGAAGUGAUGUUUGUAGCAUUUCUUGGUUGCUGUAAAUGUAAGUUUAAAAAAACAUUUUAUUAAGCAUUGAACCAGUCUGGUGAUUUUUGGAUUUAUGCAUUAUAAAGAUCAAAGAUUGAUUAUUUUAAAAGUUUCUGACUACUGUAAACUGUCUAAACAUGGUAAAUUUACUUCUGAGAAAUAUAAUCGCUUUGAAUUUCUAUUGGCAAACGACAAGGGCUGAAACAAUUAAUUGGGAUUACUUGAUAAAUGACGUAAUCAUCAACUAUUUUAAUAAUUGAUUAAUUGUUAACUAGAGUAUACAGAUUCAAAAAAAGCAAUUUAUUAGGAAAAUAAACACAUUCAGAACAGUAAUAAACCCAAAACUGUACAAAAAAUACAUACAUUUUGAAUUUAAAGAAAUCCUGUUAUUGGAUUUUAGGCAAAACAAGAACAAAAAGGAUCUUUUAAUGCAUUUCUAUCAUUGGAUGAAAAGGUAUUUGUGGUUGAAUGAAAAUAUGUAAAAUGUGCUAUUUGUUUUUUAUCCGAUUGUCAGAAUAAUUGAUUACUAAAAUAAUUUGCAGUUGUUUGUUGACCUAUUAGGUAUUUUUUCCAAAAAAAAGUGUCUCUCACAAUUGAACAUUUUGUAUGUUUAAUUCAAUCAAGUUCAUAUCCGACUAGUUAAUUGUUGUGAAUUCCAGAUUUUCUUUGAAUGGGAAUAAUGAAAACAUGAUGCAGAAAAGCCAUGCGGAAAUUAGACCAGGAUUUUACUGCUGCAAAGUAACAGAGCUGACAACCCCCGUCAAAAUUCCUAAUUUGAAAAAACAAUAAGCAUUUAAUCACUCUCUCUAUUGUUUCUAUUCAUGUCUUUGCAUUUUCAGCUGCAUCCGGCUGCCAAGUCGCAGCUUGUUGAAGUGAUGUCAUAAAAUGUGAAGCAGGUGUUUUCUUUGUCCGCCACAAAGCACUUUGUUUUUCAAAUAUUACAUCCAACAACCCCCAGAUAAAACGAUCAUAUUGUAACUAGGAGGUUAAACUCAUUAUCUUACAGGCUUUUCUCUAAGCAGAUGCAACUGGUGAUUUCUGUGCCAAUUUGACCAAAGACAGCAGGCCGGGCAGCAGUUUUUGGCAUUCAGAUACUAUGCUGGAGUUGCAGACUUAGUUUAUUAUGUCGUAUAACAUUCAGAUUCAGAAAAUGCAAUCCUAAUUAUAAAAAACAAAUAUAUAUUAUUGGUUUAAUCAGUUUUCAACUUUCUGAUCAAAGGAAACACAGCUACUUAAAUGAGCUGUGAGCUGAUUUGAAGGGUCUCAUUAUCUUCAUUUCCAUUACAAAGGUGUGCAAAACUUUGUUGAUAUUCCGCUAAUGUCAACAAAACAACUUCAUGAAUGCUUUGUUUCCAUUAGAUAAAAAACGCGAUUAAAAUCACAAGAGAAUAAGACUUUUCACGUGAUUACUCAUUAAACAACAUCCCAUGACUCUCCAACCA